CCCUGACGGACCCGUGAACAGCGACAGGAGAACAACUUGCGCCGUCUGUACUGCUGCCUCUCAGAGCACUCUCCUUUCUCCAUCCACAACUCCUUUGCGCAAGACAUUACGAAAACGAUCAACAGACACUUUUUAUGCCACCAUAUCCAUUGUAGAACCCGACGGAGUUCCUGCAACGACACCGCCCUGAACACUCAGUGGACCCCGCGCCAGCCCCGAUCCUAUUGCUCACCAUGUCGCUCUUCACUGCGCAACUGCAUCCAGGACGAGCUCUGGGGUUUCUCGUUCUUGGAGCGUCCUUGCAUGAUGUCUUGACGCGACUGAAGGCCGAACCGCAACGCUUUCCACAACUCGACCUUGCCUACUCCCGCGAGCAACCCGUUGAACAGCCCGUAACACUCAGCCUCCCUGCCAACGGUAUACGACUGCGAUUCGACGGACCGGAACAGCGUCUGCGCUUGAUAGAGAUCGUCGACUUUACCAAGAAUCAUGUCACGUUUAAGGACCGUGAUCUCGUCAAACCAGCCAACGCGCAAGGACCGCCAUCGUCUCCAGUUCCCGGAGAAUCUACCUCCGGCCCAACCUUCCGACAAAUAUACCACCGCUUGCUCGGACCAACCUACGGUGGAGAGUACAUACCCCCUACACCCGAUUCCUCCGAUAACCUGGGUAACUACAUACUGUCCUACCCUGGCGUUGCCUUUACUUUCCGACUGGCCGAAUCCGCAUAUUCGCCCAAUAAGGAUGUCGUGUCGCUCCUCUCUGCUGCGACAAGCCAGGUGCCCACAUCCAUGGCUGUCUUCAGCGGUGACUCGUGGGCCCAAGCUCGAGAGAGCCUUUGGACAGAGGUUCUCCCGAGUGUCAAGACAGUUCCCGUUCUUCCAAGAGGGAAGGAUGUCGUUCCCGACGAAAUCUCGCUGGUUAAGAUUCAUGGUGGUGGGAAGCUCCAGCUGUUCCGCAAAUGGACCAACUCAUCACUUUGGAUUAUCCUGGGAGAGACAAGCCCACAGGAGUUGAUUGCCGAGCUCGGCCCCCCGAACGCUACUUAUCGGAAGAACGACCAGAGAAUGACAAUACACAAGCUUCGGACGGCGAGCCACAGCAGAGCUCGGUCAAACGGCGCUGACUUGAGUCGGCCAGACGAUCUUACUGACACUGACCAAUCAUCUGCCAAUACUGGCUCGGACGACUCCAACGAUGAAGCCAUCGAAGAAGACAUCGCCGGAAACGUUUCUGGCGAGUGUUUCUACAAUUACUUCUAUUUAGGAUUUGAUGUGUUGGUGUCCACUCCCUCGCCUCCCUCGAGACCACCGCCUUCUCAGCAGGAGUCUCAAGUGCCACCAGGAAAGCCCAUCAAGUCGGAGUCUCCUGAUCGUCUAGUUGCAACAAAGCUGGUCCUCCAUGGCAAUGUGCCUGGGUCAUAUGAGUUCAACAGACACCGUCGCUGCCGUUGGGAGGUAAGCUAUCUUGACGAUGGCUCUCCUGGUGCGGCGGCAAACUCAGAGACCAAGUUCACCGAGAUCAAAGAUAGACUGAACGAACGGUGGAACAGCGCGUACCCUGAAGGCGACUCCCGAGCCCCUCAAAGAGGCAUGGUGCUCAAUAGGGGCUGGGGAGAUAGCCCCGGCAGCAGCUGCGAGUUUCUUGGAGGUUGGGAGGACAGUGGCGCCAAGAGAUUCGAUGGUAGCGACGAUUCAACCACUACUCUAUUUGGAUUCCCCGGUCUCGUGUUUGAGGUACUCAAGAACGAUCAUGUUAACACGGUGACUGUGUUUUAGGUUUGAGUUGGGCAUAAACCUGGGGUCAGGUGGUUUGGCGAUUGAGCGGGCAGGAACUGCAACGGCCACGGAGCUCAAAAACUGGCCGGGAAGACGAGGCUACAGAAUGGCCGCGAU